GGCAGCUUCAGUUCGAAAAGUAUGGCGGCGGAGUGUUUGACAACCAUAACAGAGCCAUGGAUACGGGAGAGAUUACAGCUAAAACAUCCGUGUCUUGGUGAUGUCCGCUCACUGAGCCUCCCGGGAACUUCAGAAGAGAAGAUAAGAAGUCUGGGAAACGCACUGAAUAACUUUGUCCGUCUUAAGUCUCUGGACCUCUCCUGCAAUGUGCUUGUCUCCAUUGAGGGGGUUCAACAUUUGAAAGUGCUGGAGAGGCUGAUCCUGUACUAUAAUGACAUUCCUUCCCUUAAAGAGGUGAAGGUUCUGUUUGAGCUGCCAGUCUUGAGAGAGAUUGACCUCAGGCUCAACCCUCUGACCAAACGAUAUCCACAAUACCGUCCUUGUCUGGUGCAUGCCAUGCCCAACCUACGCAAUCUAGAUGGUUGUUCAGUCAGAGACACUGAGCGCAAAGCUGCCAUAAUGCAGUUCUCCUCUGACCUUCUACCUCUGCAGAAGAGAUCGUCUUUGACUCGGGUUGCUGACCAAAGAAGCAGUGAUCAGAGACUGGCUUCAGUGGAUCGCUUAACCAAGAGGCGCUCGCUUCUGACCGACACUGAUGAUAUUGUGUUGAAUUUUGUUGCGACGAAUCCAGGAGACCAAAGUGCAACUCAGGUCAACUUUGUUCUUAAGGAGGUAAAAGAACCCACACAGGAUGAAUCACAAGACUUCACAGAACAGAGGAGUUCAACUCCAAAACAGGAAACAUCUAAAUCCAUCCUCAGGUAUCCUCCCACAAAAUAUGAUAUCGCAAGGUCCAAAGUGCCACACAUGAAAGAACCUUCUCAUACAAGAAGCUCUACCUCAUUAAAAGUCACUGAAAGACCAACAGUGUCCUUUGGCCCCUAUGUAGAGGAAUGCAGACAUGUGCCUGGAAAACAAAAGCAAAAGGACUCUCCCAAACAAUCCAGACAUGCAGCCAAGGGACAUUACACCCCUAAUCCUGUUCAAAGUCAUGGUCAUAGUUACUCUAUGGCUAAUAUCCGGCCUCCCAGUCCACGUCGUCCUGGUUUGAAUUUGUCGGACCGUUCAAACCCUAUCUUACAUCCUCCAAGACUGACCUACUCCAGCUUAAACAAGACUGAGGGGGACUCCAGCCAUCAAGGGGGAAAUAAAAGAAGGGGCAGUUAUAGGAAACCCCCGGAGAUACUCCUCAACCUUGUGGCCAAACACUGGAGCAGAGAGAGGUCAUUGCAUCAUAACAACAACUUCCUGUCUCAAGCAGUCCAGAUCCUCUCUAUGAUGGAAGAUGAUAUUUCUUGUCGGGAGGCUGAGGUCAGGACCUUAAGACAAGAUGCACUAAACUUUCAAGAAGCUGCACGAGAGGAAGAGCACAAAAGUGAAGUCCGUAACCUCUCCGCUCAGCUGGACACCGCCUGCAGUGGUGUGGGCAAGCUAAAAGAGAAGCUGAGGAUUGUCUUGGAUGAAAAUGUCGCUCUACAUAAACGGCUCAUCGAGUUAGAAGGACACUAUCUCAAGUCUAGAAUAAAAGGUUCACCUAUUACUCAGAUUAAAGAGACUCAGACAGAAGUGGAUGAGCUGAGGAAAGAGAACGAGGGGUUGAGGGUGAAGUUGCUGGAGGCUGAGAAUUCAACCAUUUGUAAAAUAUGCUGCAAGAAAGCCACAGCUGAGCUCAAAGGAAGUGGGGAACUUCAAAGCGGAACUUGAAUGAAAAGAUGCGCAAUGGGAUGAAAAUGUCAAGCAAGACUAUGCCGAACGUAAUCUUAGCCUUGCUGCACAAGGUCCAACAGUUACAGACUGUUUUUCAUAAUUGUUCACUUUAUAUAACUGCAGUGUAAAUAUUAUGUGUAUUACGCUUUUUGUCCUUAUGGAAACAGGUUUCAUUAUUUAAUUUUUUUUAUCUGCACAGGCUGCAUUUGGUUGAUGGGAAAGGCUAUUCAUUCAAGGAGGUUUGUGUAUAAGUGUCUGCCAGGUUUGUUAUGUUAAAUAAAUGUAAUGUCAAUGAGAAGGUCAUAAUGUAUUUCCUGGAUCUGUAGCAAGAUUGUGUCUAUUAGCUGCUUUCCCUUUUUUUUAGGUCACUUGUGUCUCCAUCUGCUUUGUACACUACAGUGGAAUGAAUGCAACUAGAUUCCAGCUGCACUGUGACUUUAUUUAUACCUCUGCCUUCAGGGCUGGAGAGCUACACACACACACACACACACACACACACGUUUACACACACACACAUGCACACUCACAGAUGCAAUUCCAUUUCACAAACACUAAUGCAAGACCUGGCAAACGUGGAUGCUACUGCACAAACUGAGUGUCGGUAUUGUUUUUAAGUGCAUGCUAAGGUCGUUGCUACUAGUGGGGAGUUAUGAUGUGUUCCCGAAAAGCCAUAAGAAUAUAUAAAACAUUGUGUUUUGACUGACACCCGGCAACCAACUAAGCUGACGCUCUGGGGUGUGUUUUUUUAUUUUCAGUAAUGCAUUACAAAUCAAGAACACACAUUAAAAGGUUUAUAGAACAAGAACACACUGCAUGCACCAGGGCACAAUAAUACUAUAAGUUAUUAAAAAUAAGACAAUGUUGUUCCUCCACAUUAAAGGUGCACGGUAUUUGGCAUUAAGCACAGAAAACGGAAUAAUCUACUGCAGAAGACAAAUAAACAAUAGCUGCUAGAGUUGCAUUAAUGCAUGAUUCUUCAUCAGCUGAGGCUACCGGUAGUGUGUGACACAAACACUGUGACCAUGUUGGAAAAAUAUUGUACAAAAGUUUGCAAUUUUCCCUUUUAUCUCAUACAGAAUGUGAGUAUGCAACAGUUAGAGACCUGAUUUAGUUAAAUUUAUGCCUUGGAUGACCGUACCACACAUAAAAGGUACUUUAAAUCUUUACCAACAGACAAAUAUAAUAACAUUGGAGUGUAGCUAACUUUGUAUGUACAGGUUAAUACAUAUUGAUUUCAAGCAAUACAAGAUUUGAUCACGAUCGCACAAUUUCAACACUUGUUUUUUAUCACUAAAUUAUUUAAGUCUGUCCUCACAGCAGUUCAGUAAGAUAUGACACACUCGUACUGUCAUCUAUAUGCUUCUGAAUCAAAUGCAAUAUACAUAAACAUGCACAAAGUACAGCAAUACAGAAAAAACAACAUAUGAAGCCAGUGUUUUAAAUUGAGCCAUGUGGCUAUAACUUUCGAAUAUACACAAUCUUACCACAAAUAUAUUAGAACUACUGUAUGGAAAAAAUAGUAAAAUGUUAAAAAUACAAUCUUGUACAACUGAGCUCGUAUAUUGUGGUUAGAGCUUCCUUCUUUAGCUAAAUACACCAAUUUAAAAAAUCUAAAUGCAUGUUGGCAAAAUGGUUUGUAGUCUGAAUAAAGAUGGCGAAAGAGAAAAUGG